AUGGAUUUCGCUCCCUACCAGUCCUCCCCGCCGGAGCGCGAACGAGCCCUCUCCCCUCCCCUCGCAUCGCCCCGCGCCUCUGCCGAUUUCCGAAGACCCUUCUCGCCCUACGGCCAGCCAUCGCCGCCGCCGCUACAGCACCCCCAGCCCCAACGCGGGUGGCAGCCGACCCUGCCCGGCUCUUACCCGGCGGCGGACGCGCACCGCGAGGGCGUGAGCGAGUUCGACACGAGCCUGGGCAUCAGGUUGGACUACGAGGCCGCGCUGGCGUACCUGGCUCUGCCGCCACUGGGAGCGAUACUGCUGCUGAUUGGGGAGCGGAAUAGCGAUUAUGUCAGGUUUCACGCGUGGCAGUCCUCGCUGCUAUUUACGGCCAUCAUGAUCUUUCACCUGGUGUUCCUCUCGUGGUCCAAGUUCCUCAGCUGGUUCUUCUUCAUGGGCGACUUGUUUAUCAUCAUUUGGCUGGCCUUGAAGGCGUAUCAGGAUGCGGACACGCUCGAUAGAUUCGAGGUUCCCAUUAUCGGCUCGUUAGCCAGCCGGAUUUUGGACGACGAAUGA